AUGAUGAAGAAGAUGAAAGAGGUGAAGGUGGAGAUACCACCUUUGUUGGCAGGCUGGCACUUGAUGACAAGGGCUGGCAUUCCGAAAUGGACACAUGUCCAGAUCAAAGCACUUUGCUCAGGAGAUCUGGCGUAUGACAAGGUGUCGAACGCGCUCAUGAAGAUGUUCGGCGCUGACCACAAGCCGAAUCCGAAAGACUUGGUCAGGCCAGGCAAGGAGGAGAACUUCUAUGCCGAGUUUGAUGAUGAGGGUGCGUACGAUCAUGAGGAUGAGUAUGCAGCCGAAUGGGACGAUGCGUUCUAUGAAAAGGAAGAUGCAUAUUAUGAAGAGGACGAAGAUGAUGUCGUCCCAUCAGACUUGGAGCUGGCGGCUGACCAGACGGAGGAGGCUUACAUCAGCUACGUGGAGUCCAGGCGAAGGAUGAAAGAGCUGGCACUGAACAGGGGCUUCUAUCCCAUCGUAGCUCUUGGUCCAGAUGUGAUUGGUGGACGUGGAAAAGGAGAUGGAAGAAGUUCAAAAGGAAAAGGCAAAGGGAAAGGAUUCAAAGGCAAAGGAAAGAGCAAGGGUCCACCUAUGAGAAGAACGCCCAUGAACAGGAGACCUAUGUCGGGAUUGCGGCGUCCAACGAGUGCAGCGCCCAGCAGUUCAGGUGCAAGUGCUCCUGACAUCAAGUCAACAUUGAGCGGAUCCACAGCAAGUCAUGGACCAAGGUUCAAGAGGUACCGCAUGGCGAGCAAUGGAGUCAAGGAGGUGCCCGAAGAGAGCAUUUCGAUGGUCGAGGAAGAGCUCAAGGUGGAAGAAUGCUUGUACUCAGACAGUGGUGCAGGCAUGGCGAUCAUCGAUUCAGGCGCAACUCGAACCAUUGCAGGUGAAGAAGUUUGGAAAGGAUGGAUUGAAGAAGCAAGCCGACGAGAGUUGGGGCUGAAUGUCAGUACACAUCAAGUCAUUCGUGACUUCAAGUUUGGCGAUGGUGGUGUAGCACGAUCGCACUAUGAGGUGGAAUUUGACGCGGGCAUCCGCGGACAAGUCAAGAGGAUCAGAGCUUCGAUCAUUGCAGGUCGAACACCCUUUUUGUUGGCGAGACCGACCUUGGAAGAGCUGGGCAUGAAGCAGAACUUUGGCACAGGAGAAGUGAGUGUGGCAGGGUCAAAAUGGUUCCAGCCAGAACGAGGUCACAAAGGUCACUACAUGCUGAACUUGUUCGACUACAAGGAGGAAGAUGACGAGAAUUGGGUGCAUUGCGUCUCUGAGGAAGGCACAAAGUUUUGGGAUGAUGAGCGAAACCCCGCAUGGAUGAUCGAACCAGUCAUGGAGAAAGAAGUGGGGCUGGUGGAUGAAGAGGAUCAUCCAGGCGAACUUGAGAUUGUCGAUGCAGAGGUCAUGAACAUCAUCGACAAGACUGUCAAUGCAGCGUUGAAAGGCCGUGAGCUGAAAUUUUGGGAAGUUUAUGUGGAUCAGGGAAGCCUGGCAUCACAUAUCGCCAGAAAAUACCCUGAUGUGACAGUCUCCACUUUCAGUUUGCCAGAGUGGGACUUCAGCCGUGAGGAUGUACGGUUGAGGUUCAAUCAGCUCAUCAUUGAAGAGAAGCCACACUUCAUAUGGUACGCUCCACCUUGCACAAAAUGGAGCCCAAUGCAGAGAAUUAACGUGAAGUGCGAGGAGGAUGCAGAGAAGUUGGAGGCACAGCGACAUGCAGAAGAGAAGAGUCAUUUGGAGAUGGUUUCAAAUGGUUUUGAGGAAUGCAAGGCAAUCGAUGCCGCAGCAGCGAUGGAGCAUCCAGACCCUGCGGAAUCUUGGAAGACGCAGACCAUGGAAGCCAUGAAGGGAUACUAUGAAGCAGUAGUCCAUAGGCUUGCAGAGGCAAUGUGCAUCGAGUGCCGGUGCAUAGAGCCACAUGUCCAAAUGAUUGGGAAGUCAGCUGCCUUGAAACAGAUGCAGAACUACGAGGCUGGUUUUGUCGCUGUGGCAGCACCAGAGAUCUAUGCUGAGAUGGAGAACAUGUGGAGAAAGAGACAGAUUGUAGAAAUCAUGGUGGCUGAAGAGAUGGAUGUGGAAGCAGCAAUGCAAGAGAGCGAUGCAGUGAAGGAGGAGGACUGGAAGAAUGCCAAGGUUAUUGAGAUGGACACCUUCCACAUCAGGUGGGGUGAUGUCAAACACAAAGUUUUGGCCAUCAUUGACACUUACUCUCACUUUGAGACCAAUGCCAUCAUCCAAAGCGAGUCCAUGGAGGAAGAGAUUGACAUUUUGAAGAAGCAGUGGAUUGCUUGGGCUGGCAGACCAAAGGUCAUCAAGGCAGAUUCCUCAGGCGCUCACAUGUCCGAGUUCUUUCAAAGUUGGUGUGAUGAGCGGGGCAUCCGUUUGAUGCUCAUUCCAAAGGAGGCUCACCAUCAGCUAGGCCUCGUUGAGCGACUGCAUGCCGUCCGACGACAGCAGUUGAUAAAAAUGAAAGAUGAAAAGACGGACCUCACCAUUGAGGAUGCAGUCCUUCAUGCAUGCGAGCAAAGGAAUCGCUUGAGAACAGUCCAUGGUGCUUCCCCUUCAGCUUUGGUGUUUGGGCACACGCCCAAUCAGUCCGGCAUCUCAGAUGAGCCGCAUGGUGUUCGUCCAGACGGACCUCCGCGUCAGAUGGAGGACAACGAAGUCAGAAUCCUGGCUGCCAAGGCCUUCUAUGCAGCCAACAAUAGCACAAAAGUGCGACGCGCCCUUCUGGCGCGUAGUCGUGCCGAGCACGAAGUCCUGGAAGUUGGGGACUAUGCCUAUUACUGGCGCACUGGCAAUGACAAGUUGGAGCACUCCCGAUGGCGUGGACCUGCACUCAUUUGCGCCAUUGAAAGUCGUGAGACAGCUGAAGGGUCACGUCGACCCACUGUCUAUUGGCUUGCCCAUGGCGCUUCUUUGGUGCGGUCUGCCCCAGAACAUGUCAGAUUGGAGGUGAGCAGUGAGCGCGCUGCCCGUUUGGAAACUAUGCCACAAACAGCCACCAGAUUGCCCUUACAUCAGCAACUCACUCAGGCUCUUCAACCAGUCCGAGGUCCCAUUCGAUUUUUAGACUUGGGGCCCGGCCCACUCAAUUCUAACGCAAGAGGUGUGGGAUCUGCUGGCGUCUCGGGUCUGGAGGAGAGACCUGAUGAGGACACUGCCCAUCUCCGUGGUGUGGACGUGGUCCCCACGGGGGCGGGAUCUGUGGCCUCCCCGGAGAGGCCGGGUGAUCAAGCUGCCCAACCCUCAAAGCGUAAGAAGAAAGAAUCACUCAUGCAGAAACAACAGCAAAAGAGUGAGGAGCGACAAGAGCAGAAUGAAGUGAAGAAGUCGGCGCUGAAAGCAGAGACAGAGACACAGUUGCAAGAGGCACAACAAGAGGAUGUGAAAGCGGCUGAGCGAGAUCAAGCCGCCAAUGAGGAAGGGCUGCCCCAGCAGGUGCAGUCGAAAGAAGAAACAAGUGAAAGACGUAGGGACAGAUCACGGAGCCCCGUGCCGAUCGACAUCAUCAGAAGGUCGCAUGAGGCCGCCAGAGUCUUGGAUGGUUUGCCGAGAAAGUCAAAGGCGACAGAGGAGCAACUCAGAAAAGGGAACCAGUGGACAGAGGGCCUUGAAGAUGAGGAGAUGUUGGCUGAGGAGUUUGAUGAGAAGAGGUUGACGGAGGAGCAGAGAAGGAUGUUUGAUGAAGCAAAGGACAAGGCAUUGAUGGUUUGGAUUGAGAACUCAGCUUAG